ACCACACCCACGUUCUGAAAGAAACAGGAGAUAUGGCUGCAAUAACCACCCUGCGCCGGAUAGAAUCACCCCCGCUAUUCCUGUCUCUCCCGUCCGUAUUUACAAAUCCCCCGAGAUCGUCUUGCGCCUUGGGCACCCGUUAUAACUCCACCUCCUCCAGUCAAUGGAAACGGCGACAAGUUCGUGACGUCUUUGUGCACCGUGCAAAACGUGAUUGCUUGAAGUCCCGCGCCGGUUUUAAACUCAUCGAGCUGGACCUAAAGCACGGAAUCUUCAGGCGGGGGCAGACAGUCGUAGACCUGGGCUUUGCCCCAGGUGCGUGGAGCCAAGUCGCCGUCGACAAGGUCUCACCGGGCGGGCGAGUGAUAGGCGUGGACAUCCUACCGUCGCAACCACCUCCCGGGGUAUCCACGUUCCAGGGCUCUAUGAAGUCUGUUGGUGUGCGUGAGCUGCUGAAGAAGUUCCUCAUGGACCCGGAGCGCGGCAAGAUGCGAGAGAAGCGGUACCUGCGGAAGGGCGAUGUGGAUGAGCAGGAGCUGGUGGAGAUAGAGAGGGACUAUCUGGAUCGCGAGAGGGACAUUGAGCGCGAGGAGAAGUUUGGGGGGGCGGCCGGGUUCGGCGAGGAUGAUGUCGAUGUUGGCAUGGAGAGGCCGGUUGACGUUGUGCUUUCUGACAUGUCGGAUCCCUGGCCAAUUCCUGCGCUUACGUAUAGGAAGAGUUUCGAUAACGUUUUUAUUAGGUUGAUGAAUACGAGUGGGAUUCCGGUUCAGGAUCAUGCGUACAGUAUUGUGCGCUCACUAUCCUCUUGGCUUCUGGUUGGGUGGGAGGGUUGCUGAUGAAGGGUAGGACUUGUGUUAUACCGCACUGUCAUUCGCUAUGGACGUGCUUAGGAGACCUGGGGUCUUUGUUUGCAAGGUUUAUCAAGGGGAUCAGGAGGACGAGUUGAGGGCGAGAUUGGAGCUGAUGUUUGCCUCGGUUUGCUGCGACAAGCCGGACUCUUCUAGAUCUGUGAGCUCCUUUUCUGAUUUAUUUGUUGUUUGGGUAGGGUAUGCACGGCUGAUGGAUUGGAUUCUUAGGAAUCGAGGGAGGUCUACUACGUCUCUAGAGGCCUGGUGAAGGGUGUUACGAAGGAGAAGGUUUUCCCUGAGGGGAGUUAUUAGACUGGAGUGUGGUAGGUCGGGAGUGUUACAUUGGUAAGGGGAGCUAUGGUAGUGGGAUGUAGUAUACUCUCGUUGGCGGGGCGGGGCUUGAAGUUGUAACGGCUUGAAUACCGUAUCCUUUUGCCACGGGAAAAUUACCAUUUUCCGACAUUAUUAAAUUUUAUGCUUGCGAAAUGGGGAUGGGGGUAUCCUGGGUCGAUGGCUUGAAUUAGGGCUGGUGUAGGUUGUUAGAUGGUUGGUUUUGUGGAGUUGUAUGACUUACUGAUCAGUGGAACGCAAUGGCGUGAUGGGCUGUGAUGGAUAUGCCGGAUUUAAUUUACCCAGGGUAUCAU